AUGGUCGACCCUACUCUAGCAGAAAUGGGAAAGAAUCUGAAUGAAGCAAUGAAGAUGCUGGAAGACAAUCAACGAAAAGUGGAGGAGGAAAAUGAAAAGAAGUAUGCACGGAAGGAUAUUCCUGGACCACUGCAAGGCAGUGGCCAGGAUAUGGUGAGCAUACUUCAGUUAGUUCAGAACCUAAUGCAUGGAGAGGAGGAAGAGGAAACUUCACAGGCCUACCGACUUCAAAACGUUGGUGAACAGGGUCAUAUGGCUCUACUGGGACAUAGUUUGGCUGCUUAUAUAUCAGUGCUGGACAGGGAAAGACUGAGAAAACUUACAACAAGGAUCCUUUCUGAUACUACUCUCUGGCUCUGCAGGCUUUUCAGAUAUGAAAAUGGAUCAGCAUAUUACCAUGAAGAUGAUCGCGAAGGUCUCCUAAAAAUCUGUCGACUUGUUAUUCACACACGCUAUGAAGAUUAUACAAUAGAAGGAUUUAACGUGCUAUAUACUAAGCAGCCUGUCAUAUACAUUAGUUCUGCAGCUAGAACAGGCUUGGGCCAAGCUCUCUGCAAUCAGCUAGGGUUACCUCUUUCUUGCAUGUGCCGUGUGCCUUGUAACACUAUGUUUGGAUCUCAACACCAAAUGGAUGUUGCCUUGUUGGACAGAGUGAUUAAAGACGAUGUUGAGUCUGGAAAACUGCCUCUGAUGCUUGUGGCCAAUGCUGGGACACCAGGUGCUGGGCACACAGAUAAACUUGGCCGACUGAAGGAACUUUGUGAGCAGUAUAAUAUGUGGCUCCAUGUAGAAGGUGUGAAUUUGGCAACUUUGGCUUUGGGUUAUGUCUCCUCUUCUGUACUGGCUGCUACAAAAUGUGACAGCAUGACUCUUACUCUGGGUUCCUGGUUGGGUCUCCCGGCUGUACCUGCAGUGACACUCUACAGACAUGAGGAUCCGUCUUUGUCCUUAGCAGCUGGGCUGACAUCAAGUCAGCCCGUAGAGAAGCUCCGUGCCCUGCCACUGUGGCUCUCACUGCAGUACCUGGGCCACGAUGGGAUUGUAGAGAGGAUAAAGCAUGCCUCACAACUGAGUCAAAGGUUGCUGGAAAACUUGAAAAACCUGGAUUUCAUUAAAACUUCGGUUGAAGAUGAACUGAGUUCACCAGUGGUGGUUUUCAAAUUCUUCUGGGAAUAUUCAAAUAGAGAUCAAACCUCACAUGCUGCACAGGCCUCAACUAUUCAACACCCCAUAAUAAGCAAUGAAAGACACAUUUAUGACACUUUCAAUCAGUGGCUAGGAGAGCAGUUGGCCCAGCUGGUUCCUGUCAGUGGAGUUGAUGUGGUAGAACUGGAAGACGAAGGCACAUGUGUGCGUUUUAGCCCACUAAUGACUUCUGCAGUUUUAGGAACUGAAAUACAAGAUGUUGAUCAGUUAGUAGACUGCUUAAAAAUGAAGAUACCAGUAUUGACAAGCACGCUGCAACUGAGAGAGGAAUUUGAGCAAGAAGUGAGAAGAACAGUAGGCCUGUUGUAUAUUGAAGAUCUUAGCUGGCCAGGAUUAGGUGUUGUAAGAUACAACUAUCACAGUGAUGGGAAGAAUGAUGACAAACAAGAAAAAGAACUAGAAAAAAUCAAUACAGAACUUCUGAAAAAAUUAAAUGAACUGGAGUCGGAUCUUGCUUUUUCUUUGGGUCCAGAAUUUGGAGGGCAGAAGAACUGCGUUUAUAUUGGCAUGGUACCUGAGGAUCUGGAUGUGUCAGAGUUAGUUGAAACUAUUGCAGCAACAGGCAGAGAAAUUGAAGAAAAUUCAAGACUGUUGGAAAACAUGACUGAAGUUGUUAGAAAAGGGAUACAGGAAGCACAACUUCAGCUUCAGAAAGCAAAUGAAGAACGCCUUCUGGAAGAGGGACUGCUACGACAGAUACCUGUAGUGGGCUCUGUGCUGAACUGGUUUUCUCCAUUCCAAGCCUCACCGAAAGGAAGAACGUUUAAUUUAACAGCAGGCUCUCUAGAAUCCACAGAAUCUACAUACGUAUCAAAAGCCCAAGGAACAGGCACUACUCCACCACCAACUCCUACUUCCAGCCUUGCAAAGCAAAGACUUCCUGGUCAGAAAAUUUUUAAAAGGUCUCUGAGAAGUUCUGAUGCAUUCAGUGAGACCAGUUCUGUCAGCCACUGUGAUGACCUGGAGAAGAUGGAUCAGAGACCCCCAACUCUAUCCCCUGGCCAAGAGCAAGGACCUUUGGAGACAGAAAAAACAGAGGAGCAGAAGGAGGUGGCAGAGGCAACAAAGACAGACAGUGAGGACAUUCCAAGUGACAAAUCACCACAUGACUGCACAAAGGUAGAGGAGCAAGAAAGUCAAAGAUAAAAUCCAGACUCUGGAUUUCAGACUUUGCAGAGGAAGCCCAUGCCCUGGGAGGCAGGGUAUUAACAAUGCAUUUAAGAUGUGAACAGUGCCACACACUAGUACAGUAAUAACUACUGUAACUUACUAACUGGGAUUUUGCACAAAUAUAGAUUCCCCACCAUGGGACAGAGAUUUGUCUUCUCGUACACUUGUUACAGUUGCUUUAAUCUUCUAUGUGUCAGUGUCACCAAAGUACUAGUGAAAUUUAUUAAUUGCUCAUAAAC